UUCGUCGCACAUUAUAUACGUCGUUGUAAACGUCACAAUCUCCGACGCACGUUGCUAAAUUAGCAUCAGCUAACACAGAACCCCCAAUCCAACGUUUGGACAUGGCGAAUGGGUGCAAAGAAGUGUUAUUCUCCCGUGGAAGUGGACAGAGUGAUGAUUCUGAUAUCUGGGAUGACACCGCACUUAUAAAAGCAUAUGAUAAAGCAGUUGCCUCUUUCAAGACUGCUCUAAAAGGCGACGAGGAAUCACAGGCUCCAAAGAAAAACCAACCAGGAAAGAAACGUAAGAACAACAAAAAGAACCAGAGCAGAAAACGUACCAAUAAAGAGUGGCAGGUUGGGGACUCUUGCAGUGCUUACUGGUCAGAGGAUGGCCAGCUCUAUGCAGCCACCAUCUCAUCCAUAGACCAACAGAGGGGCACUUGUGUAGUUGUUUAUAAUGGGUACGGCAAUGAGGAGGAGCAGAACCUGGAAGACCUGCUGUCAGAGAUUUCAGAGGCUGAUGAAGCAGUAUAUCCUAAGGAGAAGGUGGAAGAAUCUUCCACAGAAGAGAGUGACAGGUCGACCACACCAAACCAACCCAAGCAGCCUCCACACGGUAAAGGCCAGAGGUCCAAAUCUCACAAACACCCGCCUCCUAUGUGGCCUCCUGGUUUGCCUGGGUUUCCCCCUGGUCCCCCUCCCAUGCACGACUUCGGACAUAGGGAAAGCAGACGAUUUGCUGGUCAUGGACCCAUACCUCCAUCCUGGCCUCCUAUGAUGCCUUUUGGUCCUCCUAUGAUCCCUCCACCUCCACCAAUGAGUCCUGACAUGGUGGAUGACGAAGCCUUGGGUAGUGUGCUCAUCUCCUGGUACAUGAGCGGAUAUCACACAGGAUACUACCUGGGUGUGAAACAAGGACGGAAAGAAGCAAAGAAGUGGACGAAACUGCAUCACAAAUGAACGGAUCUGGAAUUUAGUUUGACUGGCUUGGGGCCUCUCGUGGACCAUGAAUCAUCCAGUCUGAUUUAUAUUGUGUCCUUCCCAAGCAGUCUUUGAAGAUAAUGUUUUGUAUUCUUUGUAAAUAGAUUAAAUAAAGCCUGUCAGAAUA